AAACUGAUCCCAUAAAAUUAGAUAUUUCCCACCAAACUUCUCCAAUCUCUUAUCUCUUACGUUUCAUAAUUGUAUUCCCUAUGUGUCACACACAUAUAUAAAUACACAUAAGGUUAUAUCUCUAGGUAUGUGUUAUAUUAUAUCAAAGGUUAAUUUGCUAGGAAACUUUGUGUGAAGAAAAAUAUUGAGAAAUUUCCUUUGAGUAAGAACAUGAAGAGCAUGAAGAUUAACAACAAAGUUGAAAGCUUUGGACAAAAGGGUAUCCCAAUUCAUAGUCAAAUUAUGAAGAUAAAGCAAGAAUCAGAGAAAAUCUUUGAUUGGUCAUCUGAUCAACCUGAGAUAAGACCUGUUCUAAGGGAGAUUUCGCGGCGAAUUUCCCGGUCACCGUUGGGAAUUUCCGGCCAACCCAUUUCAGUUGGUGAUUCGUAGAGUUUGAUUAUGAUUUAAGGUUUUAGAUUAGUGUUUUGAUGAUGAUGUAUGGAGAUUAUUGAGGGAGGAUUUGUAUGUUUCCCCUGUUUCUGUCUCUCUGUUUUUUAAUCAGAGAUGUUUAGAUAUAUUCUCUAUUUCUUUUUUUAUCUUUUUGUAAAUAUUAAUAAUAUUUUUAUUGAAUAUGUAUAUUUUCAUA